GAAGAGGUUGGGCCUAACUUGUCAGUUUGGAAAUGGCGGGAGUUCCUCCUGCAGGUGCUGCUGUUGCCAUGCCAACGAGGACUUCCGCCGAGAGGUUGCUGGGCUGCGGCAGAGAGGGGCGGAUGUGAGGGGCUGCUUUGGGGCGGAGAAGGUGGAAGGGACCAGCAUCCCCCAUGCUUGAAGGGGGCUCUGUUGCCACAGAGGUGAGGUCUGAAAGGCGCUUCACAAACAGUUCAUGGAAGCAGAAGAGAAUUCUGACUUGAGCGAGGAGUCUUUGGCGAGUCUGACGGCCGGCGACGUGCUUAUUCGCUCCACCAGCUUCCACAUGAAACAAACACCUCUCCCCUGUCGGACAUCAGAGGGCGCUGACGGCAAACCUGCUGCCUGCGUUCAAGAACGGAUCCGAAUUUCGGUGAAGAAGCUCCGGGAGGUGUCCCCUCCCUGCCAUCCAGAAGAUUCCACUUUGACAGAUGACUAUUAUAUCCCACCCGCCUUACCGGCAAACAAACCUGAGUCUCAGAAGCCAACUGCUGCAGUUUCAAGAAGUACAGCCGCAGGUGCUGCGUGCAUGCAUUCGGGCAGAAAUUUGGAACUGCUACCCUCAGGUGAAAAAGAGGUUUCUUCGCAGAAAGCUCUUCCUACGACAGGAAAUGGAAACAAACAAAAAGCAACGGACAUUUUUAUUUCCCAGUAUGAAACUGGACAAAAGGAGGCUGUGAGAGCUGUAUUCAAGCAGAGAAUUCAGAACGUUCCCGUAUCUAAAGAGGUGAAGGUGCAGCUCCUUGAUAACCGCCACCCGAACCGGAAGGACACGCACGGCGAGGUGAAUUCGGCCACCACCAUCGCCGCAGCAACUGCAGCAGCCAUUGCUUCCACUGCUCCGCUUCUCAAAGUCCAGAGUGACUUGGAAGCCAAAGUGAACUCUGUUUCUGAAAUGCUAAGUAAGUUACAGGAAACGGACAAGCAGCUGCAGCGCGUCACCGAGCGGCAAGCCAGCUUGAAGGCCCAGCAGCCGGAGAGGCUGCCCUGUCAUCAGCGAGUUUGCGAGCUUGAAAAACACAUGACCCUCUUCAUGCAAAAGCAGAUGCGGCACCUUGAAACACUGCAGCAGCAGCAAAUGAAUAUCCAGUCCCAUUUAAUCAACUCGGCGCUGAACCCGGUUGGCUUUCAAGCUGUCCACGUCCCACCUCCCAAAAGAGCAGUGGCACCCGCAGUGAAUACAGGGAGGCCCUUCAGCAGCCCAACAUCACCUCAUCAGCGGGAUUUGUUCCCUACGAAUCCAUGGAACGUGCAAGCCUCUUCGCGGCCGCUUGGAAACCGCGCCGGUCGGAAGCAAAAGUCCCCCCUGAAGACACCCACCCCCCGCCGGUAUGCUCCUGUGCCAGUUUCUAAAGAUGCCAAAAUUUCCCACAAAGUGGCCAAGCGAGAGCAACCGAUGGGAGAGAAAGAAAACGUGCUGAAGGCGCCUUAUAAAGAGGCUCAAGGUGGAGGAAAAUUUCUGGAGCAGAUUCUGAACGCUCAAGGAUCCCCAUUCAGUCAGAGUGGAUCUCCUUGGAAGGAGCCACCCGCCAACAGGAAGAUGGCCUGGGAGUUGGAACGAGAAAGAUUGGGUGCCCCACAAGCCGAGCCCUUCCCUGCAUUAAAAAACCCAGUUCAAGAUUUCAAUCUGGUCGAGAGAACAACGAAGAGAGCGGACGAUGUGCUCCGGGAUCUGGGCCAAUUGAGGAGAGAAAUGCAGGACAUUCUGCAGGAAGCGAAGGAAUGGAAAUCGGACAUGAACGGUUUAAUGAAGCAGAAAGACCAGAUUCUCCUGAGACCUCCCGAAGCCCAGACCCUUCCCAAGCCACUCAUUCUCCAGACAGACGGAGCCCCCAAGUCUAUGCUGAAGGACGCCGAAAGAAUCCUGCGACUGGUGCGCAAGAAUAAGAAGGUUCUCGAGGAAAACCUGGAAGCCAUUGUACGGGCCAAAGAUGGUGAUGCCCUGAACUCGUUCAUCGAUACUUUGACUGCAAACAGAGAUGUAUUGGAGGAGAUACGGAUCAGGAAAACUGUGGACGAAUGGAUUAAAGCAAUCAGCUUGGAAAUCCAGGAUGAAAUGGCCAGGAAGGCCUGGGAGGAGGACAGACUGGACGAUGAACGUAGGAAGCGACUUGGUCUCAAGGCCAAGCAGACCGUCAGGCCCACAAAGACUGGCAGAGAAGAGAAAUCGGAAUCUCAGUAUCCCCAAGGAAGGACAGUCCGAAGGCCCUUACCUGCUGCAAGGGCUGCGCAGAAGCCGGCACGUAAUCCAGUGCGAGGCGGUACCAGGAAGGUGCGGCAGGUGCUGCGCAAGUGCCAUGGGCACCAUGUUAGAAGUCCUCUGAAGUGCUUCCGAGCGGCUGUUGAUCAAAAGCGGCGGGUAUCUCUCUCCAGAUCACGAGGAGGCAGCUGUACCAGGGAGCCACAGGACGGCUGCAGCAAGUCGCCGUAUCUCAGGAUCAACUCUCCACCUCCCAAACUGAAGCCUCCAAGACCCAAAUUAAUCCCGAAAGCGUUAAGUGGUACCAAAAUAAAAUCCUCAAGGACGCAGACGGCUCCCUGCGAACGCGCCGGAGCCACCAGUCCGAAGAAGUCACGCCCGCGCUCUGCUCCUUGCCGGGAGCCGCAGUAUCUCUUCAGCCCCAUCAGAGAGGCCCUCGAUGUGGCGGGUCCUCUGGAAGGCCAUCUCAUUCCAAUGGCUGUUCCAUUAGGUCAGAAACAAAUCAACAGUAUCUUCCCUGAACCCGCCGGGAUAAUCAUAGGCAAAUUCCACCCGGUUACCGUGACAGCCUCCGUCCCUCCUGCUCCCGCAAAGCAGCAGCCGAGCGUCCAGAAGCCGAACAUUGCAGUAAUAGAGAUGAGAUCAGAGAAAAAAGAUCCUCCUCAGCUCUCAGUGCAGGUGCUCCCAAGCGUUGACAUCGACAGCGUUUCAAGCGACAGCCCGAGUGGAAACCAGGCUCCUUCUGGGCUCUUUCCUACUCAAGCAGCGAUGCAGAGCACUCCCGAAGACAGCUGGCACCACGGAGAGGACUCGAAGCUUCCCGGCACUGACUUGGGUGACUUUGUUGAUCUCACUCAGGAUGAAGCGGACGGUGGUGAGGAUGACGACGGGAGCCCGGAAUUCAUGGGACCGGUCCUCGAGUUCAACCGGCGAGAGGAAACCAGGUCUCCGCAAUAUAGCGGCCUGCCAUUUCCACCAGUUGCUCCUCCCCAGCCCUCAGCCGACAUUCUAGAGGAGAUCAUCGAAAAACGGGAGACCCUCGAAAACAAGCUGAUCGGCUGGGUGGAGCAAGAGGUGAUGGCCCGGGUCAUCGGUGGGAUGUUCCCAGCCCAGAAGGAGGCGGUGCCCAACUUAAGCUCUUCGGAGAGUGAAGAGAGCCGGGCUGUAUCUUCAGACAUUGUGGAAGCGGCAGGCCCGGGAGGGUUUCAGCUGUUUGUCAGCGCCGGCGUCCCCGUCAAUUCGGAUAUGAUCAGGCAGUUUGUGAGUGACGCUCUCGCCGAGACGGUUGCAGUCAUGCUGGGGGACAGAGACAGCCAGAAACCGGCUUCCGCUGCGGGCGCAUCUUUGAGCGUGGCUCUCCUGCCUGCCAAGGACCUUGUGCUAGCAACUCCACUUGGCACCCCUGAAGUCACACCGCCUCCCACGCCACCGCCUCUACGGGAACCAUCGCCGGUGAGAACUCCAGAACCUUCUCCCCCCACUACAGAAAUCGACAGCAAGGUUGGCGGACGGCAGCCAGUGGCGGCAGCAGAACCAGAGGCGGCAUCUAUCAGCCCAGUUCACACGCCUGUCGCUACCCCAGUGGCGACUCCGCCUGGAGUGGUCACGCCAAGCCCUCCCUUGUCUGAGCGCAUCCCCAACAGAGAAGUGACGGGGAUCCGCCAGCUGCCAAAUGCGUGGGGGGAUGCCGAGCUGCCUUUGGAGGAAGAGAAGCCCAGCCCGCUGAGCGAAGAAGGGGGCUACCGCCCCAGAGCAGUCAUAAUGUCCGUGGCUAAAGAUGAGGAGCCAGAGAAUUUGGUGCUGCUGCCUUUUCCGGAGCCCGUUCGGCCCCCUGAGCCGCUUCUUCAGGAACCCCCGAUUCCAUCCUCUCCAGGACGUUCUCUUAGUUCGGGCUCGUCCCCGGAGGAGAGCAGUCUGUCUGUCACGGAGACGGAGACGGCGGACAGACCGAUCUCAGAAGGAGAAGUCCUCUUUAGCUAUGGCCAGAUGGUAGCCAUGAGAGGGUUAGCAGAGGAAGGGCUCUCUCUGCCGAACCUCAGCGACAGCAUGGCCAGCACACUUCAUGACGCCCAUGAAAUGGAUUACGAUCCUCCCAGCGAAGGGCAGGUGCUACUCAGACCCCAUAAAGGAUAUCACCGAGAUCCAGUCCUUUCCCUCUUGUCAAAACACCAAGCGCCGCUGGCUUCCCAAGAAGACGUCUGUCAUUCCGAGGACACCGACCACAGUGCCGGGGAACUUAGCGAGGGCCAGAGGCCACGGCUGAGCAGAGCUGCAGAGAGUAUCCUGAUGGGACGUUCUGUUUACAUGAAUCGGCCUUCUGAGCCGCCGCUUCGGCAGGCACCUUCGCUGGGUCGGUUCAACAGAGCUGCAGGUGAAGCUCUUGGAGACACCGAUGCCACCCGUGGGCCGAUGAGCGUGGCUGAGUUAGAGCACCCCACUCCUUCCACCGCGGAACCAGAUAGCAGGCUGGAGGCUCAACUGGACGAAGUGUCCCAGCAAAGCCAGCAUGCACCGCUGAACGUGGCACCGGCGCAACCCAGAGUGAUCCAAGUGAGAGCACGCUCUGAAAUGGCACAACGGGCAGACUUCCAGAGUGAUGCAGAUAGGACGCACGUUGAGCCUGACAGCUACCUGCUUGCAGAGAAGGGAAACGUGCCCCAGUUAAGUUCCCUUCCUGCACUAGCCAAGAUGUCCGUGACGGUAAAAGCCGCAUCGGCAGGCCUUGAGCAUUCCCUUUAA